AUGCUUGCAACAGCAGCUACUAUGAUUGAGAAGGAGCAGCUUCAAUAUACGAAGAAGAAGAACUUCAUCUACACAUUCAUCUCGACGUCGAUGUUGGUGCUACCGCAACUACAACAUCUUCGCCAUCCACAUUCAAGACCUUCCACCUCUUAUCAUCACAGUCGGCACGAAGAGUUUCAUGGAAAACAACCGAACUUUUUCUUGUACUGCAACAUCCUUUCUGCUGUCCUUUUUCACCUUCCCCCUGUCGACGGCGUGAAGAUACUCCCCAACUACACGCAAGCAGUCGCCAUCCAACAUCCUCUUGUUCUUCAGCGGAAACAUGUCAUCGGCUCCAAACAAACCUACCUGCAUUCUUUCUACCCUCACUACAUCCUGUAG